AUGCGCGACCCGUCGGGCCUCCGGCAGCGCGACGAGUCGUGGCACGUCGGGGGGCAGUGCAUCGUCGUGCUCGUCAUGUGCUUUUUUGCGUCAUUGCUCGCCCUCCUCCGCGUCGUCCGCGCGAUCCAGACCUGCCUCGACGCGCGGCGCACGAAAGAAUCGAACUCGCGGAGCCAGGAGGCGCACCGGCGGCGGGCGCUGGUCAUGCACGCGGCGAGUUGCGCCGUUUGUCUCUUCGGCGCGGGCUUCGGCUGGCUCAACUUCGGGCUCGACUGCGCCGUCGGCGAGCGCGCGCACGACGCCGUCGACGAGGAGAUCCUGGCGGCCAUCUUCCUCGGGCCGCUGAGCUUCUACUGCUGGCUCCUCGCGCGCGAGAGAUGCGCGCCCGUCUUCUUCUCGUCGCGGACGCCCGGGUGGCUCGAGCCCUGUCUCUACGAGCCCUGCGCGUCGGGCUCCUGCGAGACCCAGGGCUCGUCGGCCGCGCCGGGGAACUCGUCGGCCGCGCCGGGGAACGCCUGCGUCUCGGCCUCCUCGGCGCGCGGCGGCGGCGGCGGCGGCGGCGCGCCGGGCCGCGGCGCGUCGCAGACGUCGCAGACGGCGUCCGACGGCAGGUUGAGAAACGUGCACGCGUCGCAGGCCCACUUGGGCGCGUCGGGACCCGCGCCGCUACCGCUACUGCCCGCGCGCGUCGACGGGCUCACGGCCGGCGCCGGCGCGUCGUCGUCGGUGUCGGCGUCGCCGCCGUCGCGCAGGGCCGCGAGCGAGAAGACGGCCGGCGGCGCGUCGCCGUCGUCGCUGUCGUCGGCGCGCACGGCCGCGAGGGAGAAGGCGGCCGUCGGCUUGGCGAACGCGCGCCACUUCGCCGAGAGCGCGGCGACCUCCGCGGCGUCGGCGUCGUCGUCGUGGGCUGCGGUCCAGUCCGCCAUCGGAGUGACGCAGCGCGCGGCUGCCUCGGUAGUAGCGGCAGCCCCCAGCAAUGCAGCCCUCGACGGCGCCGCCGGCAGCCUCUGGUUCCUCGAGAACAUGUCAACCGGCCUCCACCUCGCCAACAGUUUCAGCUACGAGCGGCUCGUGCGCGACGCUGCCGUCUGGGUCUUCGACGGCGCCGGCGGCCUGACGCAGGGCGACUGCGCCGUCGCCGUCGCGCGCGACGGCGACGCGGUGCGCGUCACGACGGACGCGAACGUCGCGCUGGGCGCGCACCGCGCCGGGCGCGUCGCGAAGCGGCCGUCGUCGAUUCUCGCGGAGCUCGAGGCCGCGGGCGCGUGCGUGCUCGAAGGCGCCGUCGACGCGGCGCGCGUCGCGCGCAUGCGCCGCGCCGUCGCGCGGCGGCGCGAGGCGGAGCCCGGCGCGACCCACGACGGCUACCGCUGGGACCAGGGCUGGCUCGGCGACGGCGACUUUAUAUCGGCGGCGACGCAUCCCGUCGUCCUCGCCGUCGCGGAGGCCUACCUCGGCGAGCCGCUGGCGCACCUGCGCUGCCUCCACGCGCCCGUCGCCAACACGCUCCUGCCGGCGAAGGCGCUCAUCGGCGCGGCCUUUGGGGGGCAGAUGUGGCACUGCGACUACCCCUACCACGAGAAAUUCACGGAACGGUGGCCCGCGCGGCCCGUGUCGCUGCAGUUCAACCUCUGCGUCGACGAGUUCCGGAGCGACAACGGCGCGACGCUGUACUUUCCGGCAUCCCACCGGCGGAACCGCUGGCCGACGGAGCUCAACCGGGGCGCCACGGGGUCGUCGGAUCCCAUGCACGCGACCAAGAGGCAGUUCCUCGCGCCCGCGGGGUCCGCGGUGCUCUACGACUCGCGGACCUGGCACCGGCGGCCCGACGAGCUCAACGUGAGCGGCGAGGCGCGCGUGAACGUGCUCCUGGCCUUCUCGCACAAGUGGAUGCGGCCCAUGAUCCCCUACGGCGACGAGGCCGCGAACCUCCGCGGCGGCGGCGCGCUCCUCGGAAGUCUGACGCGGCGCGAGCGCGACUGCGCGCUGCUGCUGUUCGGCGGCCCCGACGACGGCGGCGACGACGACGUCGGCAUCGAGGAGGUCGACCUGGCGGGGAGCGACGCCGACGACGACGCCGACGACGACCCCAGAACCAUGCGCGACCCGUCGGGCCUCCGGCAGCGCGACGAGUCGUGGCACGUCGGGGGGCAGUGCAUCGUCGUGCUCGUCAUGUGCUUUUUUGCGUCGCUGCUCGCCGUGCUCCGCGUCGUCCGCGCCAUACAAACCUGCCUCGACGCGCGGCGCACGGCAGCGUCGAACUCGCGGAGCCAGGAGGCGCACCGGCGGCGGGCGCUGGCCAUGCACGCGGCGAGUUGCGCCGUUUGUCUCUUCGGCGCGGGCUUUGGGUGGCUCAACUUCGCGCUCGACUGCGCCGUCGGCGAGCGCGCGCACGACGCCGUCGACGAGGAGAUCCUGGCGGCCAUCUUCCUCGGGCCGCUGAGCUUCUACUGCUGGCUCCUCGCGCGCGAGAGAUGCGCGCCCGUCUUCUUCUCGUCGCGGACGCCCGGGUGGCUCGAGCCCUGUCUCUACGUGCUCGUGGCGAGCCAGGCCUUCGUCUUCGUCUGCGCCGAGGUCGGAUAUCGCGUCUUCGACCGGAGCGACCGCGUCGCCAUUUUUUCGGCGGCCUUCGCGCUGGACGUCGCCAUCGUCGUCGUCGCGACGCUCCUGUUCCUGCUGCCGUUCCGCCGGAGCCGCCGGCGCGGCUCGGCGCGGCGCACGUCCUUCAGAGAAGGCGUCGCCGUCGAGGACGAGGACAUCGUCGCCAUCACCGUGCGGCGGAGCCUCGUGGGCUGCGGCGUCUACGUGGCUUCGUGGGCGGCCGUCUGGUGCCGGUUCUACUUCUUCUCGCGGCGGCCGGGCGCGCUCUUCUCCGGCGCCUACUCGCUCGCCGCGCCGUUCUGCGUCGUCUUCUCGCACCGCGACGACCACGCGCUGCGGCGGUGCCUCCGCGCGGCGCCGGCCGCCGUCGCGCGCGACCGCGUCGCCGCGGAGGACCGCCGCGACGUCGAGGCCGCGGCGAAGCGCCGGCCGGACACGUCCGCGACGGACGCCAUCUCCGAGGCCAUGGGCGCGGGCCGGCACCACGUCCGGGCCCACCACCGGGCGGACGAGGACCACGCGUGGGACGGCGUCGAGCACCACGGCAUCGGCGACGUCCUCGAGCACCGCGAGGCGCGGCGGGCGUAA